AUGAUAGCUACAAGCGUCACAAGACUGCGACCAGCUGUGUUGAACAGCCGCAACUCUAGCCUUGAUGAUGAUGAUAAAAUUGAAUUGGAGGAUCGGCUCAUACGUGACACAAGGAAAAUGAUAAUUAGUUUCACUGCUUUUACUCUAAUUAUCCAAGAGUCAUUUGAAAAACGGAUCCCAUUGGAUAAGAUUAAAGAUUCUCUUCUCAGCCUCGAAUCUUUCAACGACGGGAUUGGAGUUAAAGUCUUUGAUGCAGAAAAUAGGCAAGAGAUCAAAAAUGCCAAAAAUUUGGCCCAAGUCUUCAUGACUCUACGUGCUUACAUCUCCUUUUUCAAUAAUAAUAUAGUGGAGUACCUCAUCGAGCUGCUGGGAUCACCAGACGACCAAACACAACUGUGUGAGUAUUGUUCUGCACUUGAUCAGUUCUGCCAGCGAAAUGUGUUUGAAGUUCCGGCCGAAGCUUUCUCUUCAAAAUCUCGUAUGAAAACGGCUAAAAUAUUUGUUCUCAAGUGCACGGAGCGAGUAGCCACACUGGAGUAUGUAAAAAGGCUGACACGAAGAAUUGCUGAAGCACUUAGUCUACAAAGAGCAGCACUACAACUCUGUUCAGUCAAACAAGGUUGCUUGGAGCUCUACUUUCUCAUCACUGUAGCUGUUGCCAAGCGUAUCUACCCAGUGUCCCCUACUGUACAGGCUGCUCUCAGUGUGAUGGGGGUCAAAGUUCUCACCUGUAGAAGUACGGAUGAGGUGGAGACAUUACUGCUGGAACAAAAUCUGAACAAACUCAAACUAAAAGGUGUUGAGGAGAUGUCUAAAGAUACAAGAACGAGCACGACAACCUUCACUCAAAUGAAGGACACUAAAGAUACAAGAGGCUCGGACACAGUGGAGGCAACAAAGAGGGAAUCAAAGGACACUCAACCAGUCAAGAAGUUCAAAGAUUUUCACCAACGUUCCCCUGUACGGGAACAGAUUGAGCACAAAAAUGCUGAGCUGAUCAGGAGAGACGCCAUCAUUCAACAACAGAGACAGCGUCUCCCUCCCGGAGAUUCGAGACCUCUACUCACUCUGAAAUGGAGAAAAGGAAAAGACAUGCCAAUCAAGAUGGGAUACUCAGUACAGAGUGUUGUUAUCGGUGGCACGGUGUAUGUUGGUAAAGGUGAUGCAGACAAUGAUUGUGACAUGUGUACAGUGAUGAAGCUCAAGCAAGAUAAAUGGACCAAACUACUGGAAUACACUGCCGAGUAG